GUUGCGCGUUCUCCCAUCCAACCAUCGGUCGUCUUCUGCGUCUUUUCCUCCUACGAUUAAAACGUGCUGAAAGUAGUUACAAGCUUUUCCAAAAGAAUAAUUAUUGUACUAAUUAUUUAAUUUACAAUGUUAUUAUUAAAACGAGCAUUUUCAUCUCCUUCUCCGAAAAGAGCUGCGUAAAAUCUCCAGGCUUAUCUAAUCUGGUGAUCUAUAUACUCCAGAUACACUUGCUGUAAUCAACAAGCUCGCUCCUUUAUUACCUUUUCCCCAUUCAUCAUCGCCGGCGAAUCAGAAAAAACUUUCCGGCAUGCAACUUCCGUCCGGCGGCGCAAGGCUGGGCAGGGCUCCGGAGAAGCCGAGCUUCGCGCAGACUUGCAACCUGUUGAGCCGGUAUCUCAACGGGAAAGGCAAUUUCAGCGAUCUAGGUCUUCAAAUUCGCGGCAAAUUGGAAGCUGCAGGUUCCAUAAAUAGUCAUGCGUUGGGAAAACCUGACGUGGCACCUGCUACGCCAACCAUCAACUUCCUGGCAAACAUGGGAAAAUCAAAUCCCGCACCACAAAUAGACUUGAAUUCCACCGAUUUGGUUCUUGAACAUAACAGUGUGGACCGGGCCUCAGCAAGAGAGCCCAACAAGACUGCGCCGCUGACUAUUUUCUACUCCGGCGAAGUUUUGGUCUUUGAUGAUUUCCCGGCCGACAAAGCCCGGGAAGUACUGUCGUUGGCGAGCAAAGUAAGCUCUCCGGCUGCUUCCGGUGUUUUCCCAACCGUUAGUCCUACACCACAAGCUCCUUUUCACUUUUCAAGAUCCAACGUUUCAGGUCUUCCAAUUGCAAGAAGAUCAUCACUUCAUCGAUUCCUUGAGAAGAGGAAGGAUAGGUCGGCCGCUAGAGCACCAUACCCGCUUCAACAUGGUCCAUUUCCUGUAGCAUAUUCUGAGGAUGUACUGGAUCUCAACUUCAAGUUGUAGUGGCUCCCUAUCACCAGCAGCAACUUUUAAUUUGUUCUUCAGUCCCUUUCAUCAUCUUUUGAGCUGUGGAUGAAGAUUUAUAAGUUCCCAGUUUCAAUCUUAUUAAAUAUAACACUUGUUCUAUUUUUCAUCCCAACCAACUUGUGGUGUGCCCGGGUUUUGACAAAUUUUCUUAUUGUAAAUAAUAAUAGCAGAUUAUAGGUUGUUCUGAACCAUUUUUUUGUUAGACCCUCUCUACCUUGUUUUUCCCUUCAUGGAUCAUUUCCAUUAUAGUCUUUUAUCCGUUUCCGUGAUAUAAGGUACUUCAUUUUGGGCAUUUAUGGUACAUUGAUAGAAU